AUGGCGGCGAUGGCGAGGGGGAAGGGCAGGGCAGAGCAGAGCGUCUUCCUGGACGGGAAGCAAGGGGCAUUCGCGGACAAAUAUCCCCCAGACCCAGGGUUUGUGUUCGUCAAUCCUCGUCGAUCCUCGCAGACAUCAGCUCCGACGUGGUUUGAAGUGCCGGGGUCGUUGACCCUAGAUGGGUGGAUGAGACCGAGGAAUCUCUUCAUCGGCACAGACAUAGAGGGAGGAGUGAUUAGCUGCCUUGUCACCGAUGACAAGCUGGCAUCCUACAGCGGCUUCGGGGUUCUUGUGAGCGGGCAGCAGUUCAGGGGGAAUCUUUUGUUCAAGGCGACGGUCGGGUCGACUCAGCAGACCAUCAACAGCACCAUCAGCGAGAACACCUGGUAUUACUUCACAGCCAUCUUCAACCGGGGCUCCUGCACCAAUCAAGUGUGCUCGCCGUCAAGCAUGAGUUUGUACAUCAACUCUGUCAGAGUUGCUUCCAGCACGUUUCAGUCAUCUGACGGAAUCUCAUUCUGGCCUUCGAAUGACCUGCUGAUCGGGAAACAGUUUCCUAUCCCCAGCAAUCUCAACAGCCAGCAAUACUUUGCUGGGCUACUGGACGAGAUGAGGUUCUGGUCAAGAGCAGUGAGCACUGCAGAAAUCCCGAUCCUGCAGUACUCCACCAUAGGACUGACGACUCCUGUCGCAACAUCCCUUCAGGCGUAUUGGAACUUCAAUGAGGUAGACGUAUUUUCAUUUCCUCUCUUUCUUUUGACAUCUUUUCAUUUCCUCCCUUGCUUUGGCAACGUCAUGUCAGGCGGUCUGUACGCCAGACCUCUGCAGGGCUGGCAAUCAGCUCUGGGCACAGACUCAGGAUGGUUCUUACAUUUUGCAGUCAAGCCCCUCAAAUUCGCCGCAAUGCCAAGUCUGGCGGUUUCCUCAUACGUCAACGUCACGGCAGCUAUUCCCGUGGAGAUCAACAGCUGUGGCAAUUCUCCUCCAGACAACAUGCGCUGGUCCAAGUCGAACCUGGAAGCAGGGGGGCAACUACGUCCGGCCAGUAGGUUUGAAGCGUGUCUCUCCAUCGAUGCCGUGGGUCCGUGGGAUGGGAUGAACAUCUACAUCGCGAAUUGUAUCCAGGGCGCAACAAACCAGCAGUGGGAAAUCACUGCUACAGGACAGAUCCGAAGUCAACUCACAGGGACGUGCUUGACGGUGGAGUUGACCUUUGCUGUUCUUGCACAAUCAGGCUCUAGCGUGUACAUCAUCGACUGCUACGACUUUCAGAUCGGAGCUGUUCCCUUCAUUGCGCUCGACGUCAUGAACAGACAUCAUGGCAGCUUCAAGGGGACAGCCAAGUUCUCAACGCUGGGAGACUCGCUGGGUUGCUGUGCCCCCAUCGACACGCCUCCUGAAGUGAUCUCCAUCGGGGCAGACAACGUGGUUGCGGGUCAAGACAUCGUGAUAGCCGGGGCAAUUGGCAAGACGAUCACCGUCGAGGUCCUGGCAAGGGACAAGAACGUCAAUGACGGAGUCACUAUCAUGAUGCUCGUCCCGCCCAGCGCUGACGCCGUUUUCGCACCCUUUGACACAGCGCUGAAUCCUCGCGUCUACACCUUCACCUGGAGGCCCCUGCUGUCAACCAACUGGACUAACCCCACCUACGCCGUGUUCCAGGCCUUCGAUACCCCGACCAACGAGUACAACGCGAGCGACCCAGCAGACCGAGCCUUCUCGCUGAGAGCUUCGCUGCGGAUAGAAAUUAGGAUCCCUCCGCUGCUCGUGUCCCCCACCCCUGUGGACGGCACAGUCUUCACGGUCAACUUCGGUUCCCAGCUCUCCUUCACCGUUUCGGUGGAGACCCGAGACCCGACAGAAGUAGUUCGCGUCGACUUCGUGGAGGCUGGUCAGUCCUGGUUGCUGCCGCCGCCAUCGAACGUGGUGAUCGGGCCUCAAGUCCCGACCCCCACGCCUACCGUGAACGGGAUGGUGGACCGCUACAACCCGACGUCGAGGACGUGGACGUUUGCGGCGGAGGCGAGCGACUCCGGCAAGACCUACGAGGUUUGCUUCUACGGGUCCAAGGUGAACGUGCUGGGGACGGACAGCAGGACUGAGAUCCGAUGCGUGAGGAUUGUAAUACCCAUGCCUCGACCAGUGUUCUUGGCCGGGACGACGGCGAACAACACAAACUUCACGUCUCUUGUUGGCUGCGGUACUUACUUCGACGUGCUGAUAGGACAGAAUGACACGUCCACCGCCUACACCGUCUACGUCACUCCCAGUCAUUACGUGCGCUUCCUCUUCAAUGGGACGGGACUUGUGUAUAACGGGCUCCCCCCGCGAGCGAGGUUCGUGCAGACAGACGUGUUGGGGUACAGCUUCAACUUCUCCUGGGACCAUGACAUCGGGGAGGAGGGGCAGUGGAUCGUUUGCUUCGAGCUGUCCGACAACGUGAACAUCUCCCGAGUCACCCGCUGCGUCUACAUCAACGUCCCUCGCUGCAGGCGCUGUAUCAGGGCAGGGGACACGCUCGAGAAAAUCGUGAAGCUGUACGGGUCCAGCUGGAUCGAACUGUUUGCCGUCAACCCAGCCCUCAACGGCAACCCAGACGACCUGCGACCCGGCGACGUGCUGAACGUAGGGGUGAUCUACAGGAUCUUCAGCGCCAAGACGCUCGUGGAGGUCUCCAACCAGACGCGGUCGACGACGCGACUGAUUCGGCUGCUCAACCCGGACAUCAACUCAGACGUCUGGAGCUUUCAAGCGUAUGAUAGGAUAUGUAUCCUCCCAGCAAUGUGCGGGGACACUUGUGCUGGGUCUGCCAACUGCGAUAGACCUUGA